GACAUUGUCAUCUCUAAUGCCCAAACUAAUGAAGAAUAUCUGGAUGAAGCAAUGUUAAUACCAAAAAAUACAUCUGUUCUAAUUCGCCGGGUACCUGGACGCCCUCGCAUCAGAAUUAUUACCAGAGAAGAGCCGAGAGUCGAGGAUAAAGUGGAAAAUAUUCAGGCUGUUAUGAACAAUUUUAUUACUGCUGAUGCAUCUGCUGUUGAAGAUGAAUGGGAUGAGUUUGGGAAUGAUUUGUAUUCAAUUCCUGAUGCCCCAACCGUCCAUUCUAAUAACCUAUGUCAUGAUCCUGCACCAGCCGAUGAUAAAGUAGAUGAAGAAACCAAAAUAAAGGCAUUAAUUGACACUCCAGCACUGGACUGGCAGCAGCAAGGUGCGGAUGGUUUUGGCCCGGGCAGAGGUUAUGGGAGGGGUAUGGCUGGAAGGAUGGGUGGCCGCGGUUUUGGAAUGGAAAGGAAAACGCCGCCACCAGGCUAUGUUUGCCAUCGGUGCAAUGUUUCUGGACAUUUUAUUCAACACUGCUCCACAAACGGUAAUCCUAAUUUUGAUGUUAAGAGAGUUAAACCACCUACUGGUAUCCCCAAGUCAAUGCUGAUGGCGACCCCAAAUGGCUCUUACUCUUUGCCAAGUGGCGCAGUAGCAGUUUUAAAACCAAACGAGUAUGCGUUUGAGAAGGAAAUGGAGGGAUUGACAUCAACAACACGAUCAGUCGGGGAAUUUCCUCCGGAAUUAAAAUGCCCAUUGUGCAAAGAAGUGAUGAGAGAUGCUGCACUGGCAAGCAAAUGCUGUCUCAAGAGCUACUGUGACAAGUGUAUUAGAGAUCACAUCAUUGCAAAGUCAAUGUGUGCUUGUACAGCAACUGAUGUCCUAGCUGAUGAUCUGCUACCAAACAAGACCCUAAGGGAUACUAUAAACCGUAUCUUGGAGUCUGGUAACAGUAGUGCUGAGAACGCUGGCAGCAUGUGUCAAGUCCUAGAUAUGGAGUCUGCACGGUGUCCACCUCCCAAGGUUCUAUCUCCUACUACAUCUGCUGCAUCUGGAAGCGAAAAGAAACCAGCUCCUAGUAACAACAAUGAGAUUUCAACUCUAAAGCCGUCAAUAGAAAUACCGGAGAUCACAAGUACUCCGCGGGCGUCUGCAGAAAUAGUUAAAGUGGAAAAGCCAGUUGAUGCAUCUGAAAACAUUCAAGGAUCCUCAAAUGGCAAGGAAGCAGCAGUUUCACAACUGAAUACGCAGGCCCCCAAGGAAGAAAUGCCGCAGCAGGUUGCUUCUGGGGAGCAAGGAAAAAGGAAGAAGAAGAAACCUCGGAUGACUGGAACCGAUCUAGCAGGCCCUGACUAUAUGAUGCCCAUGGGUCAAGGUCCCGGUAAUCAGUACUUCAAUGGCCCUUUUCCUGGUGCGAUGCCUCCUUUUGUUGGCUAUGGAUUAGGCCCCAUGGACAUGGCGUUUGGCGGUGUGAUGCAUCCAGAUCCUUUCGCUGCACAGGGCUUCGGGUUCCCGAAUAUACCACCACCUUAUAGGGACCUUGCGGAGAUGGGGAAUCGUAUGAAUCUCCAGCAUCCUAUAAUGGGGAGAGAAGAAUUUGAAGCCAAGAAAGCUGAGAUGAAAAGAAAGCGUGACAACGCGAGACGGUCAGAAGGAGGGAAUGUCGGUGAAAAGAGCAGAAUAAUGAACAACUCGGCAGCAUCUUCCUCACCCAUGAAACCAAAAUCUAGACAAGGACCUCCGCCACCGUUUUCGUCGGAUUAUGACCGUCGCAGGCGAUCGGAGAGAUUAUCACCGGAGCGUCAGUCAUCUCGGAGGCUCAAAUCUCCGACACGAUCAUCCAGCAGGAAAUCUGAGAGUGAUCGUCACCAUGACCGUCACCAAGACUUGGAUUCCGACCGCCGCCGUGACCGCCACAGAGAUGCAGAUCGCAAGCACCGUAAGAGAUCCGAAAAGCCAUCAUCGGAACCAAUUGCAGAGAUCGAUGAUAACCAUAAGUCUAACGUAUUCACUCGGAUAAGCUUUCCAGAGGAGGAAUCUUCUGGCAAACAACGAAAGACAUCAAAGUCUUCUCCAGCGCCUCCAGAGAGCUCAGUCGCCGCCGUUUCGUCGGGUCGUCGUCACAGUCGAAGAGAAAGAGAGAUGGUAGAAUACGAUUCAAGUGAUGAUGAAGACAGACAUUUCAAGAGGAAGCCAUCAAGGUACAAGCGAUCUCCUUCGGUGGCACCUUCCGACGCCGGUGAUGAGCAUUUCCGCCAUUCCAAGCGAUCAAAAGGAGAGAAAGCGCGAGCUUGAUUCGAAGAAUGAAGAUUCAAAUGUGUGCGUAAAUCACUGAAACGCCCUUCAUCAUCUUCACAGAGACGAAGCCAUGGCCUGAUACUAUGACGAGAAUGCCUUCUGACUCAGAGAUGGAAGAUGUUUAAAUAAUCUGCUUUGUUGCGUUGAGUUUAAGAAAAAGUCAUAUGUAAUCGAAUGCUUUUGUUAUAUAAAUGGAUUUUAUUUCU